CUGUGUAGCAUCAUCAUGCACCCUCACAAAGACCUCCUUGUCUCCUGUGGGGAGGACCGUGUCUGGAAGAUGGUGGGGCUCCCCAAAGGCAACGUGCUUCUCACAGGCUUGGGCCACACUGACUGGCUUUCAAACUGCUGCUUCCAUCCCAGUGGCAACAAGUUGGCUACUUCAAGUGGUGAUACUACAGUUAAGUUAUGGGACCUGUCUAAAGGUAAUUGCAUUUUGACCUUCGAGGGACAUACCCACGCUGUAUGGUCCUGCACGUGGCACUCCUGUGGUGAUUUUGUGGCUUCCUCCUCACUGGAUACAACUAGCAAAAUCUGGGAUGUUAAUAGUGAAAGAUGCAGAUAUACCUUGUAUGGACACACAGAUUCUGUGAACAGCAUCGAGUUUUUUCCUUACUCCAACACUCUUCUUACGGGUUCUGCUGAUAAGUCCCUGUCCAUCUGGGAUGCAAGAACGGGAAAAUGUGAGCAGUCACUCUAUGGUCACAUGCAUUCCAUCAAUGAUGCCACAUUCACUCCUAGGGGUCACAUUAUAGCAUCCUGUGAUGCCUGUGGAGUUACAAAGCUGUGGGAUUUUCGGAAGCUCUUACCCAUGGUGUCCAUUGAUGUAGGUCCAAGUCCGGGUAAUGAGGUGACCUUUGAUUCAUCAGGAACAGAAGCCAGAGUUUUUGCAACUCUCAAUAAUUGACUGGACAGAGUUAGUUGUAGAAACUGUUAGGAUACCAU